UAUAAAUCUGAGCAGAAGAGCUAUUCCCAAUUAACUUUUUCAUCCUAACAGAGUGGUGAUUUGGAGUAGUUAAUAAGGAAUAGCUGUUCUGGAAUAGUCCCUUUUUAAGACAAAACCUUACUCUUUCUAUAAUUGCAUUCUAGGAAGCUAUUCUGUACUGAAUAAGCAUGGGAUAGAGUGCCUAGAAGACGUUAAGACCAAGCACAGCUAGCGCGUCCCUGCUGGUUCUCCAUUCUGCAUCCGUGCAGCCACGUUCUAUUGAUGGCCUGUUGUGAUUUCAAUGGAACAUCAUGGGAUGUACCUGGCACGUCGGGCAGCACUGGAUGGAGGUGCCUUUAGCCCAAUGUACCUGGCAUGGUGGUAAGGUGAAGGUGAAAGGAAGAGAAGGUGGAGAUGGAACUGCCAAAUCAUGCCAAACAACUGCUACUGCAGCUGAACCAGCAACGAGCCAAAGGUUUCCUCUGUGAUGUGAUCAUUGUGGUAGAAAAUGCCCUGUUUCGUGCCCAUAAGAACAUCCUGGCAGCCAGCAGCAUGUAUUUCAAAUCCCUUGUCCUGCAUGACAACCUGAUUAACUUAGACACGGACAUGGUGAACCCCACUGUGUUCCGGCAGGUCUUGGACUUUAUUUAUACUGGUAAGCUCUUAACGACUGACCAGCCCGGUGAACAGAACUUUAAUGCUCUCCUCACCGCAGCAAGCUACCUCCAACUGCACGACCUGGCAGCUCUCUGCAGAAAGAAGCUGAAGCGGAGCAGCAAGUCCUUUGCUGGCAAGGCCGGUGGCCUUGGUGUCGGGAGAUCUGCCAGGAGUCAGAGACUUUCCACUGCUUCGGUCAUCCAAGCUCGCUAUUCAGGGUCAAAUGAGGGGUUGAAGGGCUCGCACUCAAAAGAGCUGUCAAAGGGAAAGCUCUCCGAUGACGAGGUCUUCAUCAGUAGCUCCAACCAAGAGAACUGUCACUCCUUAAGCAGGGGAGCCAGUAAGAACGGUGGUGGGAGCGGCAGUGCGAAUGGGAGCACUGGGGACCAGGAGCUAGGCCUCGAUCUGUCCAAAAAAAGCCCGUCGCUCCCUGUUGCAGCCUCCCAUGAUGACACGCAGCACAGCGAAAGCCAGCAUGGAUCUCCCCAAUCUGCCUCAGCCCCUGCAGCCAACAGUGCCUCAUCGUUUGACGAGUCUGGAGUCGGAGCCCCUCACAGCAUGGCAGACAGCAGCGACCCCAUGGAGAUGGAUCUGAGCGAAGAGUGCCACCACUCACUGACGGAGAGCAGCCAGCGCAAGGGCCUCCGGCACUCCUCCCGCAAGAAGGAGUGGAUCAAGAAAGACAAUGCCUUCGACCGAAAGGAGGGGGGCAAAGACAGGGACGAGGGCGAAGGGCUGCCCAAUGGUAUCCUGCUGGGGCCCUUGUCCAAGUCUGUGGAGAGGAGUCUGGCCGGGGCCUACGGUGCAGACCUACCCUACCCGUGUAAGGAGGAGGUGGAAAAUGGCAAGGAGAACAGUGACGACAGCGGCCAGAGCGAGAGCGAGAGCGGCGGGCAUACGAGUGCCAACUACGUCUACCGGCAGGAGGGGUUUGAGCCAGUGGCCUACGGUGACAACCUGUAUGUCUGUAUCCCCUGUGGCAAAGGCUUCCCGAGCUCUGAGCAACUCAACGCCCAUGUGGAGACGCACACCGAGGAAGACCUUUACAUCAAGGAGGAGGGCACAUACGGCGGCAAGGAUGAAGCCGAGGAUUUGUCCAACCCCAACCAGUCCUACGCCGCGGAAUCCCGACCUUUCAAGUGUUCAGUGUGUGAGAAGAGCUACAAGGAUCCAGCCACGCUGCGGCAGCACGAGAAGACUCACUGGCUGACACGGCCCUUCCCUUGCAACAUCUGCGGCAAGAUGUUCACGCAGCGGGGCACCAUGACACGGCACAUGCGCAGCCACUUAGGGCUCAAGCCCUUUGCUUGCGAGGAAUGCGGGAUGCGCUUUACCCGGCAGUACCGACUGACAGAGCAUAUGCGUGUCCACUCAGGAGAAAAACCUUACGAAUGUCAACUGUGUGGUGGGAAAUUCACCCAGCAGCGCAAUCUGAUCAGCCACCUGCGAAUGCAUACCUCUCCCACAUAAGCCAAAGACUCCAGAAUGAGCUUCGAGCCCAUCCGCAGUGAUUUACCUUUCUGUAGACUUGCUGCUUAAAAAAAAACAAAAAGAAAAAAGAAAAAAAAAACCAGAAAAGGGGGCAAGUCCCCACACUCUGUUCAGUCAUGGGAGGCCUAAACAAAUGUAGCUUUAACAUUUAAAAAAAAAAAGUUCCUUUUUUCCCUUUUUUUAAAAAAAAAGAAAGGUCCACAGCCAAGCUGAUGCAUUUAGUCCAACUCUCCUUCCAAAUCCUGGUGAUCUGGCAAGAAAUGCCACUUCUUUUUGCACACAUUGACUUCAUCGUCAUACUGAUUAUCUGGAGCAGGCAGGAGGGGGACCAUGGGGAACCUUCUGCUGGCUCCCCACUCCCUGCCUCUUUCCCUCCUGUUACUGUCACCCUACUUGCCUCCUCUCUUAAACCCAAACUCAUUAGGGACAUUUCUUGCCAUCAAAACCCCAGUAAAAUACACCUUUCCAGUGGCCUCAGCAGCUGUGAAACAACACAGCCUUGCAUUCACAAGUGCAGAAGCUGUGUCUGUGGACCAUCUCACAGAGUUGGCAGCCCCUUCAGACACUGUGGGAAAGCCAUAGCAGUGGUGGAACCCACCACCCUUCCCCUGGCCUGGCGAUGGCGGGGAGUGCACCAGCUUGAGUGAUGCCUCCCUCACCAUGCUUUCCUCUUUUGGUUUUGAUCUUUAUCCUUGGCACACAUAACCACACGCCACCUCCUUCCCACAAAACACACAAACCUCUUCUGCCUUACCCAUGACUGAACAGGGCCUGGAUGCCCUGGGAAUUUCUUUCAGUGAGCAGGGGGUCGUCUUUACUUUUCUAGUAGUUUCGUAUGAAUAUUCUUUGCUUAGAGGUACUUGUUUUAUUAAAGGAAAACCCAUUGUAACGUUUAUGUGAAUGUUUGAACUGGAAGGUCUGAGGUUAAUUCUGGGGGGUGGGUUGGGAGGGGGUUUGAUGUAGGCUGGACUUGCUACAAGUUCUUUAGGUACUUUUUUAUUAUUUUUUAUUUUAUUUUGUGUGUGUGUGUAUGUUCUUAGCUUUCCUCCCUCACUAAAGAGCGAGUCUGUGUGGACAGGCUUGUUACCUUUGCUACCUCUUGACUUCAUGAGAACAAUAAGAUGGUUAGUGAAAGAUUAGGCUUUUUUUUUUCUUUUAUUGUAAGUAAUUAAAUGUAUAAAAGUAGAAGCUAAAUUAAAGUUAAGGGAUUUUUACCACCCCGUCCUUCCAUCAAAAGUCAGCUAGAGAAAUGUUAAAGCAAAGCUUGGCCAAAGACAAAGCAAAAAACAUAGUUUGAGCCAGAGGUUGUGCUGGCUGCUUGGACUGGCUCAUUCGCAGUCUCUUGGCUGGUUGUAGUCACUUUUAGAUAAAAGAAGAAAACUUCUCUGAGCUUUUUGGGCCCUUUCCAGCUUUGUUUAUUGAAUCUGGAUCCCAUGGGGAGGGGAAAAUGUCCCCCUCAUCUUCCACUCCCCCAGCACAUCUGGGUCAGUCUGUAAACACCUGGCAGGACAGAGGGUGAGGGCAUAGCAGCCUAUAAUUUACUAGAAUCCAGAGUGCAAUAAGGUGGGGGAGAGGAGGAAAAAGCAAACCAAAGUGUUUCAUAUCCUCCCUUUUAGACAAUUUAACACACGCACACAAAAAAAAAAAAAAAAAGGAAAAAAAAAGGAUUAAAAAAAAAAGAAAAAUGAAAAGAAAAAGAAACAAAAU